AUGGACUUGGAUGAGCUACUCGGUUUGGAAGAACAGUAUUAUAAGGAAGGGUAUGAGGAAGGCAAACGAGAAAAUUUGAAGAAGAAUUUUUUGGAGGGCAAGCAAUACGGUCUUCAGGUUGGUUUCCAACGAUGUGUAUUGCUGGGACAAAUGAAAGGCAUUUGUGAUGUAAUGGAGUCACAAAAAUUCGGAUCAUCAAUCCAAAAAACCCUAGAUGUCAUUAGAAACCUAAUAAGUGAAGUACCGUUAGAUAACAAGGACGAAAGUGUGGCAAUAUACGAAAAAAAUGCUGUUAAGUUGAAGAAUAAAUUCAGAUUAUUGCUAUUAGCACUUAGUAAGCAACACAAGAGUGAAAAAUUCCAAAACAUCGUCAGGUUUACUUUUGAAAUGGUUGAUGACCUCUCAAGAAGCGUAAGUGGGGAGUUACAAGGAUAUGUUGAUGAUCCCAAUGCUGAAAAUGGCGUUCAGAAAAAUCAAUUAGACAUGUGGUGA